AUGAACUCCUUCCAAGACAAAGUCUAUGUGGUGACAGGCCUUGGUGGAAUCGGCCUCGCCGUCGCAAAGCAGCUUCAUGCCCACGGCGCACGCCUCUCACUAGCCGACAUCUCCCAGAAAACCCUCACAACCGCAGUACAAGAGAUCACCAAAAACACCGGCACCGACGCCGCAAAUAUCAUGACAACGGUCGUGGACAUCGGAAGCGCAGCAGCCGUCAACAACUGGAUCAAUGCAACAGUCUCACACUUCGGCAAGUUGGACGGCGCGGCGAAUAUGGCCGGGGCAAUCGGUAAACAGCAUGGCGUUGGCAAAUUUGUGGAUCAAGAGGACGACGAGUGGGAUAUGCUGGUUCGGGUGAAUCUUUCCGGCAUGAUGUAUUGUUUGCGGGCGGAGCUGCGGGCGAUUAUGGCAUGCGGGCCCGACGACAAGGGAAUUGGGAGUAUUGUCAAUGCGUCGAGUAUUCAGGGACUUCGGGGAUUUCCGUUGCAUGCGGCUUAUUCCACGACGAAGCACGGGGUUGUUGGAUUGACGAGGUCUGUUGCAAAGGAGGUCGGCCCGGAGAUUCGGGUUAAUGCGGUUGCACCUGGUUCGAUUCAAACGCCUCUGCUUGACCAGGCGGCCGUUAUUCAGGGCGGUCCUGCGGUGCCUCCCUCUGUCAUCCCCCGGGUUGGAACGCCCGAGGAAGUUGCUCAGACAGUCGUGUUCCUAUUGAGUGAUGCGGCAUCUUAUACUACCGGACAGGUCUAUAGUGUGGAUGGUGGAUGGGACCCAUGA